UACUGUUAAUAAUGAAAAUCCAGCUGUUCCUAUGAUGCGAGAAAUAUUAACAUUAAAUCAUCAUUAUUCUUGUAUUCCUCAAACACCAUUAUUUUAUUUAUGUCGACAACAUAUCAGAAGUUUAGCAGAUGAAAUCAAAUUGAAAUUGGCAAAUCAACAAAAUCAAUUCAAUGGUUUGAUAUUUUAG